AAAGCCCUGAUGUAAAUGACAACAAAUAAAUUUCUGACCUUGAACUACCAGAACUUUAUUCUGAAAAAUAACUUACUCAAAAUGCCCAAAGAACCCAAAGUUAAAGUGAGUGAAAAAGUAAUUCAUCCAAGAUCAAGAAAAGCUGCGCAGAUGAUCAGAAAUGCUCAUAGAAAAGAUAAAGUUGACAAGAGAAAGUCAGAGAGGGCAAUCGUCUUACAAUCAUUGGCUGAUAAAGUGCAAUGGUUCAAAGAUCAUGUUAAACCAGAGGCAAAAUAUUGCUCAAUUCAAGAAGUACAUGAUCUAAUCAACAUGUAUUUCAUGAGAUUUGACAAAGAAUUGGAACAGCUGAGACUUGGUGACAAUAUCAAGGGCAGACAGCUGCAGGGUGGGGCGAAAUUCUCCAGAGAAAAUAACAUCAAAGCUGUUUUGAGCAGAGAGCGACAAGUGUACGACUCUUCUGGAUUCGAAAUUCCUGAUCUAACGUCGCGUGGAAAUAUGAAGUUGCUUAGGGCUUGGAAUGGUAACUUGGAGUAUUUACCAAAGAUCAAACUCAAACGAUUUUGUAGCUCAGAAAUCUCAGCUCUGGAAGAACCGGCUGUUGAAGGCACAAAGAUUGAAGAACAUCCGCAAUGAAAGGAUAAAAACGUGUUAUUUUGUGGACGUUUUAUAACAAGAAGGCCUGCGUGUAUUUUGAUUGUAAAAUGAAAUUUUUAUCAAUAAAAUGCCUCAUUUUGUUU